UGUUGAACCAGUUGUGCGCCAGAAAGAGAACAAGUGAGAUCAGCAGCAGCAGCAGUAGUAGCAGAGACUUGCUGCAUGCUUAAUAAAAAGUUCAAAUAUCGAUUUUUCAAUUCCGUAUCCUGAUUCCUAGCGUUUUUUUCUCGAUCGGUUAACGUGUGUACUUAAUCGUUCAUCUUACAGAUUGGAUUGUUAAUAGUGGUUCUCGCUAAAGAACUUGCCUGAACUGGGAAAAUUGUGAAACAUAGUGUCGUUAUAGUGAACGGAGCCCCAAAGCUGUGCAACAGAAGCAGUCUAUGGCCAUUUGAGCUAGACGGAUAUCUGGUGAAGUGAUUCGAUGAAUAAUUCCGUAGUCCCUAGUGAUUAGAGAUUAAAUGACAGAUAUCAAUAAGAUUAAAAGUGAUACGAAAGCAAAUCAAAACCCCCAAUAAAGGGUCCGUCUGGUGAAAAUGAUGAAAGGUGUAAUGGUGGAUUUCGAACAGUCUAACUUUGCACAGUCGACGGAAUUGCGAAGAAAAAUCCGAAUUCAAUAUCCGGAGAAGUGAUUUCUCUUUCAUCCCUUCCUUUGCACAAUAAAAUGGUCAGUUCAACCAUCACGCUAGACAAGAAAUCAUCGUCAUCAUCCUCAUCAUCAGCAGCUACGGCUACAGCACAAGCUUCCGUCGAGCAGAGCAGCAAUAGUAUCAUAUCCAUACCACUGAACGCCAACACAAGCACCAACGGCACUUCCAGUGGCGCCAGUGACUCCACAUCGGUAUCGGCAUUGAAUCUAAGUGAACAAAAAAUUUCGAUUCUUUUCCCGAAAUGCAAACCCAGGAGCGCUGAGCACUAUCAAAUGAAUUCUGCUAGUACCGCCAGUGCUCUUAACAAUAACACAAAUACUAGUAUGAGCACAAUAACGAACAACAGUAAGUCAGAUAUCACAAGCACAUCGUCCUCGCUAACCACGCCUACUUCGCUAACAUCAUCGUCUUACGCAUACAACACAAAAUCGCACGGAAUGGAGUCCAACUCGUUCCGGACUUCUUCUAGCAAUAAUACGGCGGGAGUGGGAUAUGAUCUACUAAGUGGAAAAUCGGACAUAAGCUCUCGAAUGAACAACAAUCACUAUGAAGGCAAUAGCCGCAUCUCAAGUAGACACACCGGCUCUGUUGACAAAUACAAUUUCUACUACAACAAUCAACCUCCGCCAUUAUCAACGUCCCCAACGGAGAACAAUGCCAAUACUGGCAGCUGCAGUAGUCAGUUUCUUCCGUCGGACGACGAAGAUGGAGAGGACGAUCCACGGAAGGGCAGUUAUCAACGCCACAGCUACUACGGUGGACGUCAAUCACACUACUACAAUCUUCCGAAGCAAGAUCCCGGCACGCCGAGUAGUUCAUCCCGCUACCACUGGGAUUUGUCACCAAGCAGUACGCUACCCUACUCGGCACCUAUAACAUCUUCUUCGACCACGAAACGUUCAGCGCUAAAACCGUCCUACACGCAAGUUCUGCAAUCUCCCCUAGAAGAUGAAAGUGACGUCGAGGACCGACUGAAGUAUUUCAACUAUCAGAACGAGAUGCACAAUAGUAGAAUAAAUGCGAUAAAAGCUAGUCUCACCGAGAAACCCAGCCAUGCAAGCGGAAUCUACUGCAAUUACAAGACUAACGAAAUGAUCGUGUUCAACGAUAUCGAUGACGAUCGACGGGGUGUUCAUCAGCAGCAACAGCACGACACUUCAGCCGGAGCGGGACUUCGUGUGGCUGCCGCUGCUGAUGAUCCUGACGGUGGCACAACCUUCCAUCGGGCUCAUCCGGACAGUAGUGGUGGCAAUAGCAGUGGAAGCAAUAGUAGCAAUAACCUUACCAGCAAGUACUUCGAAAGUGGUUCACAGAAGCAGGCCGAUGGAAUGACCGGCUCUGGAUCGAAUAUCAUGGAGUACGAAGGAUCCCCGCGUCGCUUCGGUUUGAGCCUGAACGAGGACAGCCCGUCGUACUACAUCUCGUCGAAUUUCAAGCUCAACUUGACUUCCCCAUCGCUACUAACACCGCCACGGCCAGGCUUCCCGCAGCGAGUGAUACCGCCGGCAGCAAACAAUAACACAAGCAGUACUACAAGUGCGGAAACAACUUCCACGUCAAUGAGUAAUACCAAUAGCACCGCUCACCAGUAUCACCCGACGCGGUCACCAACGUUGCUUGAGCAGGUCAGUUCCGGGCUCACCAGUUCGGUGACUUUCGACGCCAAUGCAUUCCUAAGUGAGUUCGAUGCCAAACGGGCCGCCAUCCGUGCAAGCGCAAUAGACGUGGCCAGUAGUGUGCCCUCGGUGGCCGCAACUUCAGGUUCCGAGAUAAACAAACUGAACGUGAUACGGCUGGAGAGUGACUACGGUGGUAAUAAGGAGGUGGAACAUACGGCAGAUGUGCCCACCAAACGGUCUACGCCAGAUAUUAAACCGAUGCUGGGACUAACCUGCACCACGGCUGACGAUAAUCCUACGCUGGGAGCGGGCUCAUUCACCACACCCAUCACUGCCUCGUCUACGUUCGACUAUCUGUAUGAGUUUUCCGAAACGCGAAAAGUGCUGGAGGAGUUUUUCAAGUGCCCCACCACCGAGGAUGUGGAAAAGGCAUUCGAGAAGUUUAGCGACUACAACGAGAGUGGAGAUGACGUCGAGAGUCUGGACAUCCACUACGAAUACCCGGCUGACUUGGAUAGCAAAUCACUGGAAACGACCUACAUCGGUGGAGCCGGUACGGAACAGCAGCAGAAGCAAAUAUUGGCAACGACGCCGACCAGUGUUGUUGGCGCUGGCAGUAGACAGCAGCGCGACCAAACGAUUUCACCUGCUGCACCAGCUUGCAAAUCACCAAUCAAUAACAAUAACAGCGAAGACGAACAAGAAGAGGUCGCUGACGAGGAAGAGGCAGAUUACGGUGAAGAGGAUGGUGAUGAAGAUGAGGAGGAAGACGAUGACGAUUUGGGGGUCGGAAACAAUCUGAAAUAUAUGAUCAAUGUGAAUAGCAAGCCAAGGAUCAAAAAUGGGUACAGUAGCUUCAGGAAGAAAAAGCAAGAGAAGAAGCUUGCAGUAGGCACUAAUGCGUCACCAGAACAUUUUCCUGGCGGUGGAGCAAAUAAUAAUGAAAAUGAUGGUGAGGAUGAGGAGGAAGUUGACAUUUAUAGUGCGAAUCAGCAUCAUCGUAGCUACCAACACCACCAGCAACAACAACAACAACAGCAACAACGAUUACAGCAACAACCUCAGGAACAACAGCAAACACGACAUCACGCUCUUCUGCAACAACAGCAGUAUUCAGGACAGUAUCAGGAUCACGAACGACACUUUAGUCUGUACUUGGAUCCGGGAAGUCGUGCUAGUAGUUGUGAUGUUAUUAACGAGACUAGCAUCGACACCGCACAGUUCAUUCCAAAUGGAAACGGGAAAAAGCCUAAGGAAAGCGGUAGCAGCAACGGAAAGAAACCGUUGACUCGUCGACACAGUAAAAAUUUCAACUAUUCGCCGGAUACGACCGACUACGAGAGUAACUGCGGAGAUUAUGAUAGCGAAAUUUCGCUCAAGUAUGGUAGUGAGCUGUGUAUGAUGGCUAAUGGAGGCAGCGGAAUGAUUUGCGAUGACUUGAAUAACGGUGUAAUAACAACGUCCGCUGGCGGUAACUCUUCGGCGACGCUCAACGACGGCAGUAACAACGUUCAGGCGUCCAUGGGAGGAGGCGUUGGCAAUUACUGCCGAUACUAUACUAGCAUGCCGGUCCUGGAGGAUGGUCUAUCCAGUGGUCACGUUUCGGAUACGGAAAAUAAUAACCCUGUUGCGCUGCCGACACCGGAUUUGAUAAACAGCAGUCAAAAGCUGCAACAGAUGCCCAAUUCGUACAACCUGCUGGCAUCGCCGACGAAUCACACGAUGAAGUCGACGAACUCCUCGCCGGUGAUAGCGAACCACAACAAUAACCUGGACAGUCUGUACGGGUGUAAUGGGAUGCGAUUGAACGGGACACCGGGAGGACUUAACUCGAGUAAUCUGCAGAACAAUAAGAUCUUUAAGAACCGUGACCCGGAACUGGAGUCUUUGUAUACUAUCAAUACCAUCCAAUCGACACCACCUCCGCCAGCACCUGCACCGCAUCGAAAGUCCUCGAUAGAUUGCGAUUCACAGUCAACUCUCCAACAAAUGCAUGCAAGCCAUCAGAGCGUGUCGGACGUACAGGCAGCCCUCAAGGACAUACGAACCUGUCUGCAGCGCACUAAAGUUUUGGCAUCCCCAACGCAACCUCAACAAAACUAUCAAUCUUUAACACAGCAACAAACACAACAACAAUCCGUCGCUAAAAAUUACGACAAACACUCCAUGGCAGCGGCAGAUAAGCUAGAGUCGCCGGUUCCAUCCAUUUCCCCCGUGUGGAUUCCCCGUCCGCGAGACAAUAAGCUAGUUGCACUUUCCCCCACAAUCGUCAACAAUUCCGCAGUUGGACUACUUCUACCAACGACGCCAACCGCAGGUGGACCAAUCGAACGCUCUACCAACUCGGCAGCCGAGAAAGAGUCUCUACUGCAUGGAACUAGUGCAAAGAAUCUAAGUGCUCUUGAUGACGACGAAGAUCCGGAUACGGAUUUAGAGACUGACCGACUGCUAGGUCACCAACGUUUGGAUGACCAAGGCUUCUACGACGAUAACAGUAAGAGUUGGGCCGAUCGCAGAGCACGUUCUCUAUUGCACAAACUAUCCCCUAAGCAGCAAACCGGAACGGGGGUUGCUUCCGGUGCACUCUAUACUAGUAAAUCCAACAACAACAACAAUCAGGGAUCUCUACUACGGCAAGGACUUUCGACGUUACUUUCGCCCACGAGUGCUGUUCCGGCAACAUCGCAACCAGGACAAUCUCUACCCGAAAUCGUCACAUCUACCAAGGCCUCGCCAGCGCUGUUGGGUGGUCCCAAUGGUGCAAGUCUGAACAGUAGCAGCAUGAAUAGUAGCAGCAAUAGUGGUAAUUUGAUCAAUCUUAACGGACCAAACGAUACGACGAGUGCGGUGACUCCGGAUCAUAGUCGGCAGACUUCGCCGAACAAAUUGGAUAACAAAGCGAACGAGAGUGCGAGUCCGAAUGGUUCUAACAAUUCAAAGACGGAUACGGAUAAAAAGAAGAAGGGCAAGAAUAAGGAAGUACUGAUCGAAGGAGUUCUAUUCCGGGCCCGAUACCUGGGAUCAACCCAGCUGGUGUGCGAAGGUCAACCGACUAAAUCGACACGCAUGAUGCAGGCAGAAGAAGCAGUGUCCAGAAUAAAGGCCUUGUCCCCAGACGGUGAACCUCAGCCCAGCACCGAAGUUGAUCUGUUUAUAUCAACCGAAAAAAUCAUGGUACUGAACACGGACCUGAAGGAGAUCAUGAUGGAUCAUGCACUUCGUACCAUCUCCUACAUUGCGGACAUUGGCGACCUGGUGGUGCUGAUGGCGCGACGACGAUUCGUACCUCACGAUGUGGACUCCGGUGAUUCCGGUGGAGGCGGGAAUACAACUCAAACUGGCGGCAAUCAGCAGCUGGGAUCGAAUCAAACGGGAACAACACCGCCGCAGAAGAGUGCCACGGGUCCGAAGGGGAACCGAACGCCGAAGAUGAUUUGUCACGUGUUCGAAAGCGAAGAGGCACAAUUUAUUGCUCAAUCGAUUGGACAAGCUUUCCAGGUGGCCUACAUGGAGUUUUUGAAGGCGAAUGGAAUUGAGGAUCAUAGUUUUAUGAAGGAGAUGGACUAUCAAGAAGUCCUUAACAGUCAGGAAAUUUUCGGUGAUGAACUGGAGAUUUUCGCCAAGAAGGAACUUCAAAAGGAGGUUGUGGUUCCUAAAGCAAAGGGGGAAAUUCUAGGAGUGGUUAUAGUGGAAUCCGGCUGGGGAUCGAUGCUUCCGACUGUUGUUAUAGCUAAUCUGGCCUCGUCCGGAGCAGCGGCUCGAUGUGGUCAGCUGAAUAUUGGUGAUCAAAUCAUUGCCAUUAACGGGCUCAGUUUAGUAGGGCUACCUCUCUCGACCUGCCAGAGCUACAUCAAGAACACAAAGAAUCAGACGGUGGUCAAGUUUACGGUUGUUCCCUGCGCACCGGUUGUGGAGGUUAAAAUUAAGCGACCUAACACAAAAUAUCAGCUUGGCUUCAGCGUUCAAAAUGGAGUGAUUUGUAGUUUACUUCGCGGUGGAAUUGCCGAACGAGGUGGCGUUCGAGUGGGACAUCGGAUUAUCGAAAUCAACAACCAAAGCGUUGUUGCCGUUCCCCAUGAGAAGAUUGUGAAUCUACUAGCAACGUCGGUUGGAGAGAUUCUGAUGAAAACUAUGCCGACGUCUAUGUUCCGUUUGUUGACUGGUCAGGAGAAUCCUGUGUACAUCUAAGACAGUAUUCCACACAAAAAAAAACUCUAGCAUACUAUAUCAGCUUAUGUUUCUUGUCAUGUAACAAACUCAAACGUUCUUUCGCUACAAUUAUCUACACACAAGCUACUGAAUUAUAACUACAGAACCGUCAAGUCCUACUAUUCGACUGUGAAAUGCUAUACUGAAGCAAAGAGCGAGUAAAAUGUGAAUUCGUUCUAACAGAUAAGAGUAAAUUAAACUUAUAAUGGAAUUUAUUCACGCCUUGGCCUUGCAGUUGUAAAUGAUAAAACAAAACAAAAAAUCACAAUGAGCACAAGAUAAGCGUUUCACUGCAAUUGAUAUUGACUAAGAGCAUGGCUUUUGUAACGGAAUAUAUAGAUAUCAAUGCAUCCAAAAUGAGAACACUACGGAAUGUAACGCAACACGCUAUAACCAAAGAAAUGUAUUGGCGGGAGGCAAUGUUAAACGAGUCCCGCAAAAUUUGAGAACAAAAAUACAAAAGUAACGCAAAAUACAAUAUAUUUUUUGACGGUGUUUAACGAUAAGCUAAACGGAACUAUGGAGCACGCGAAAAAUUGCGGGAGGCUUAAGUCUGUAACAUUGACGACUAAACGCUAACGACGCCGGUUCACUGAUUUAACGUCAUAUUUAGGGAAUGUCUAAGCCAGUAUUUAUUCAAUCUUAGUCACAUGCGUACUUUAGUCUAGACAGUGGUAUUAACAUCUAGGUUAAACAUCCCAAAUUUGACGUAGUAAACAAGCUUCUCCGCCAUACACCAAAACGUUUCUUUCUCUAUAUAAAUAGUUGACAGAGUCCUGUAAUAUUUUUCUAAGUGAUUUGAAUCGCUCCAUCCAUCUUCGUUCGUAAUAACUGGAGAAGCAACAGUGGAAAUGUAGCUACGAACAGACAUCCGUUGAUGAAAAAAGUAGUCAGUUUGUAAUUGUAUAUUGACUUUACACUGUUACGGUUCAGAGAAGCAGAAUAAAAUUGAAGCUUUUUAUAUAUGUAUAGGUUAUGAUAAUAUACACAGUAAUAUGUAGAUAGGUUUGCUGAAUCCAGAUACUGAAUAGCCAAACAUGAUUGGACCGUCCCUAGAAUGCGAUCAGAGUGUUACUACACUCCGAGAGCCAUCUUUUUCAAGUACAUAGAAGGAAUCGAGCUAGAAUCAAAAUGACAGGUAUUAUUCCCCAGUUGAUUUUUUUCUUCUUCAAAUAAAAUAGACCAGUAACAAUAUUGUUUGGUAGACAUAUCAGCUCAAUAUUCCACUGUUCCGUUAUACGACACCAAUUAGCACUUGUUUUAUACUAAUCAAAUAUACAUAUAUUAAUUAAAAAUAAAUCUCCGGAAUGUGAAAUAGACUUGAGCAUAAGUUUCCGAACCGAGACAAACAUUGGAUCAGUGAAUGGUAUAAACCUUUGAGACAACAAACGCUAUUUACUACCCUUUAAAAGAACACAAGCUUUGCCUGAUAAUCAACUAAGCUAAACAUAGCUGCUAUUUGUACUUGCACCUGAGUAAAACAGAUAGAAUGCUUUUUUUGCGUUUCCAUGCAUAAAUGUCAAUGUGAGAGUGUGUUUCAUUUAACCACCAUUGAAUGAUCUAAAUGUCCUUCUCUGUAAGCCUUUUAUUUCAACCUAGAAGAAGAGCCGCAUUGUAAUGUUCGACAGAUUUCCGCGCAAACACGUACUAGAGGUAAUUUUGUAAACAAAUUAGCAUUAAAAGCAUGCAACAUUGAAAGAUCGUCCUUCAUAUAGAAAACAUAAAUGAAUAAUAGAAACAGAAACCCUUAACCAAACAAAAAAAAAGAAUGCACUUUUUAUGCGCCACUCACCCGCCCGCCAUAGGAUCAAUGACAGCCAGUAAUAAUUCCCUAAACAAACUCUAGUCGAUAGUAAUGCAUAGUUUAUCAAGUAUUUAUUCCAGUAACGAGCAAGAAGAAAGUAAACACAAAUUAAACUAGUCUGCUAAUAUGAAAAAAAAACAUAUUUACAAUACAUUCGGAGCGUGUGAAACCAACAACAGAAUCGGAGCGAUAUUUUGAGUAAAGUACUACAAAAAGCUACUGAAAAUGGCCCAAAGACACCUACCCCGAUGGUGAAAGGUGACAAUGACAGUGAAAAACGGAACGAGCAAAUAUCUGCUGCUCUAAUGACAUAUGGAUACCAGCGGUAGCAGCGGAACAAGAUACAUUAACACACGCCACUCAAGCGGAUGUUUGACGCUGCAUAACAAAGACAAAACAGCCGGUCGUGGUAGAUCAAGGCACCUUAAUGUAAUAACUGCUAAUUGAACUAUAACAACUACUAUGGAAAAUGUAUAUUUAUUCCAAAGCAAAACAAACAAAUAUAUAAAAUUUUGUGAUGUAAAAUUCUCAA